UUCGGUGCCUGAGACUGCCUGAGAAGAAACUAUGAUAUUCGAGGCACCUGUCAAACACUUCCCUGCGGGCACUACUACGGAUGAGCUGAAGAAGUCGGGUGCCCCGAGCCCGUUCGAUCGCUAUUUGAGACGUGAAACCGGAGCAAUGGAGAAAGCCUUGGGACCUCCUGAACCAAAGGCCUUCGGACUAUUCUCAACAUUGAAAAGUAGAUUUUCGGCUUCAACUAAAUUGCUUGAAUCUAAAUCUUCUACCGUCUCCCAGAAGAUGUCGGAAGUCGCAACAUCGCCAUUGAAAAUGAAGCUGUGAUAAAAAUUCUGUGUUACAAUAAUAUUUUUUGAGAAUAAAUAAGCAAUUUUA